AUGAAGAACUCUUCUGAUUCUUCGCAAUUUGUGCUGAACGGCGAAAUGCUGAACCAAUUGAACGCUACGGUCAAAGAGUUUGUCAAUCGUUGGCUGCUGAACCAACCUUUCUUCGCCAACAAAGAAAUGCCCCAAUCGACCAAUGGCACCGCCAUGUGUGUCACAGUGGUCGUACUGCUGUUGCCAAUUGCUAUAGUGUACUUCAGGAGACACUGCUGCGGGAACGGCAGGUUGCCCAAACCAGUACCUUUCAAAGUGAGCUUGCCCGACCAGGCGAAGCCAAAUUGGAAGGGUAAGAGACUGUCCUCCACGGAGGUGGUCGACCCACAGAACCCAAACAUGAUUCAAUGUUACUGUCCUGCCACUGGCCAAUUCUUAGGGUCCUUCCCAUCGAAGACCAGGGAGGACAUAGACUUGAUUAUGAAGCAGGCACAGUCAGCGCACGACGAGUUCCGUCACAGUUCCUUCGAGAGAAGACUUCGCGUGCUCGUGUCCCUGAGGGAGUACGUGCUGAACAACCAAGACCUGAUUGCUCGCGUAGCUUGCAGGGACUCCGGGAAGACAAUGCUGGACGCCUCCAUGGGUGAAAUCCUCGUCACUUUGGAGAAACUCGCCUGGGUGAUCAAGCACGGCCGCAAAAUCCUACAACCAUCCAAGAGGAAGGGGCCCACUAACUUGUUUAUGAAGAUGUACAAAGGUGCAGAGGUCAGAUACGAACCACUGGGGGUCAUCAGCGCCAUCGUGUCCUGGAACUACCCGUUCCAUAACCUACUGGGGCCUAUAAUCUCCUCCAUCAUCACAGGUAACGCCAUAGUCAUGAAGUGCUCGGAACAAGUCGUCUGGUCCUCGGAAUUCUUUAUCAAACUGGUCCAAACUUGCCUCAGGGCUUGUGACGAGGACCCUAACUUGGUCCAACUGUGCUACUGUCUCCCACCUACGGAAUCCAACGGACAAGCUGCAAACUACUUCACAGCCCACCCAACUUUGAAGCACAUCACCUUUAUUGGGAGCGCCCCAGUGGCCAAACACGUCUUGAGACACGCCGCGGAAUCAAUCACCCCGCUGUGUGUGGAACUAGGCGGGAAGGAUGCAUUCAUCGUGUUAGACUCGGUAACUGCAUUGGAGAAACUCUCCUCGAUCAUCCUGCGUGGAUCAUUCCAAUCAGCAGGACAGAACUGUAUCGGUAUCGAAAGAGUGAUCGUCUCAAGCAAGAACUACGAUAAACUGGUGAGCAUCAUUGCAAAACGGUUCAAGGACGAUCCAUUCAGAUUGGGGUCCGAUAUCGACCACCACGUAGAGGGUGUCGAUAUGGGGGCCAUGAUUUCCAACAACAGGUUCCCACAACUGGAGUCCCUUGUCAAGGACGCAGUCUCCAAGGGCGCCCGGCUGCUCACGGGAGGGUCCCCCUACACCCACCCAAAGUACCCACAGGGCAACUACUUCCAGCCUACAAUGCUCGUUGACGUGACGCCGGAUAUGGACGUUGCCCAAAAUGAAGUGUUCGGUCCAAUCCUUGUAAUGAUGAAGGGUGAAUCUACCAAGCACUGUAUAGAGCUGGCCAAUUCCGCUCCGUUCGGUCUGGGUAGUUCUGUGUUUGGUAACGAUUACCAAGAGUGCAACUACGUGGCGAAUGAACUGAAGACAGGGAACGUCGCCAUUAACGAUUUUGCUACUUUCUACGUCUGUCAGUUACCCUUUGGUGGCAUCAAUGGGUCCGGUUACGGUAAGUUUGGUGGGGAGGAAGGGUUACUGGGUAUUUGCAAUGCAAAGAGUGUCUGUUACGACGCGUUACCGUUUGUUUCUACCCAGAUACCUAAACCGUUGGACUACCCAAUUAACAGCAACGGGAAAGCUUGGACAUUUGUCAAGGCGUUUAUCACUGCGUCUUACACGACCUCUCCAUGGCAGUUAAUCAAAUCUGUUAUGUCCCUAGCCAAGAACGGUAACUGA